UAUCAAAAUUUGGACUGUUAUUGAAAUUUGAAAACAAUUGCGCAAGCUACGAUUUUAUUUUCUUAUUAUUAUUUUGUAUAACUGCAUAAUUCUUUGCAAACAUCAUCAUUUCAAAAACUGUUUGUGUGAAAAUUUAAAUAAGCAGUGAUCAUUUAUCAUAUUAUAAAGACAGUGGCGUAAAUGGAAGUAUGCGAGGGAGAUUUAAAACAAGAAAGUACAAAUGCUGUCAACUCUGGACCAUCAAAUAAUCGUAAGCCAAAUGAAAAUGGUGAACUUCCUUUGAAAAUUGGGGAACAUUACCUUGUUAAGCGAUCUGAUGAUACUUGGCAUCCUGCUGAAAUUAUUCAAGUUCGUCCAAAUGAGCAAGAAUUUGGAAAAUAUGAAUAUUAUGUUCAUUAUGAAGGAUGUAAUCGCAGGCUUGAUGAAUGGGUAGAGAGUGAUCGAUUUGAUUAUUCUUACCCAAACAGAGAAAUAAAGCACAAUCAUAAUACAACAAAUCAUGAUCAACCAGACAGAAAAAUCACUCGAAACCAAAAACGCAAACAUGAUGAAAUCAAUCAUGUUCAAAAGACUUAUGCUGAGAUGGAUCCUACUACAGCAGCUUUGGAAAAAGAGCAUGAAGCUAUAACAAAAGUGAAAUAUAUUGACAGAAUACAGUUUGGAAAAUAUGAAAUUGAUGCCUGGUAUUUUUCUCCUUAUCCUGAUGAGUAUGGGAAACAACAGAAGUUGUGGAUUUGUGAAUACUGCUUAAAAUAUAUGAGACUUGAAAAAACUUACAGAUAUCAUCAAGGGGAAUGUACUUGGAGACAGCCACCUGGUAAGGAGAUAUAUCGUAAAGGAACAUUAUCUGUGUAUGAAGUUGAUGGUAAAGAUCAUAAGCUGUAUUGCCAAAAUCUAUGUUUGAUGGCUAAGCUGUUUUUAGAUCACAAGACUCUGUAUUUUGAUGUAGAGCCAUUCUUGUUUUAUGUCCUAACUGAAUGUGACAAACAUGGUGCCCAUCUUGUUGGUUAUUUCUCAAAAGAGAAAGAAUCACCUGAUGGGAAUAAUGUCGCUUGCAUUCUUACGCUGCCUCCUUAUCAAAGAAAAGGAUUUGGAAAAUUUCUUAUUGCCUUCAGUUAUGAACUAUCAAAAAAAGAACAUAGCAUAGGUUCACCUGAAAAGCCGUUAUCAGAUUUAGGAAAGCUGAGUUAUAGAAGUUAUUGGUCAUGGGUCAUAUUAGAAAUUUUAAAAGAUUAUAGGGGAGCUUUGUCUGUAAAAGAAUUAAGUCAAAUGACAAGUAUCACUCAAGGUGAUAUUAUAAGUACUCUUCAAAGCUUGAACAUGGUACAAUAUUGGAAAGGACAGCAUGUUAUUUGUGUUACACCAAAGCUGGUGGAAGAACAACUGCGGAGUUUCCAUUGUAGAAAACCGAGAAUUACUGUCGAUGUCAGUCUUUUGCGGUGGAGUCCUCCAAAGAAGCAGAACAAGACUGUAAAGAAAUAAAUAAUACUAUAUUCCAGCAUUCAAGUCACCUUCAUAUGAACUUUCAGAUGUCAGCCUCAACUAUACAAAUCUCAUGUAUCAUGGAUUCAUCUCUGUAUAUAAAUUCCAUAGUUUACAUGAUAGAAAUGUAAUUUUAAGCAAUAAAAUUACUCUCU